AUGGCUGCAGACACACACACACUCCCCCAGGACGAGCUGCCCUCCCUGGACCUCGACCAGUCGGACUUCAGCCUCUACAGCCCCCACCCUCUGGAGCCCUGGACCAAGACAGGGUGUCUUCCUCUGGACCAGGGGGCGUGUCCUCCUCUGGACCAGGGGGCGUGGCCUGUGGAGCAGCAGGGUGCAGGGCCAGUGGAGCAGUCGGGGGCGUGGCCUGUAGAGCAGCAGGAUGCAGGGCCAGUGGAGCAGUCGGGGGCGUGGCCUGUAGAGCAGCAGGAUGCAGGGCCAGUGGAGCAGUCGGGGGCGUGGCCUGUAGAGCAGCAGGAUGCAGGGCCAGUGGAGCAGUCGGGGGCGUGGCCUGUGGAGCAGCAGGAUGUAGGGCCAGUGGAGCAGCCGGGGGCGUGGCCUGUGGCGCAGCAGACGUGGGCGUGGCCUUGGGGAGCCUGGGCUCUCGGGGGGUGGCCUUGGCCGGAGCCCGCAUUUGGUCAUGUGCGACCUCCGUACUCGUACUCUGCACUCAUCGCCAUGGCGAUCCAGUCGUCUCCGGAGCGACGGCUGACGCUGAGUCAGAUCUACGCGUACGUGAGCGAGCACUUCCCGUUCUACAGCCGCCGUUCAGGCUCAGUUUCAAGUUCAGGUUCAGGUUCAGGUUGGCAGAACUCCAUCCGCCACAACCUGUCACUCAACGACUGCUUCAGGAAGGUGCCGCGGAACGCCAGCGACCCGGGUAAAGGGAACUACUGGACACUGGACCCAAACUGCGACAAAAUGUUCGACAACGGAAACUUCCGUCGCAAACGCAAGAGGAAGUCUGACAGCGCUAUUGCUACGGACAGCGCUAAAGCUACAAACAGCAACAAAGUUACAAACAGUGCUAAUGGUACAAACAGUGCUAAUGGUACAAACAGUGCUAAUGGUACAGACAGUGCUAAUGCUACCGACAGCAAUAACUCUUUGAUCAGCAUUAUCUCGACAAACGCUAGCUCUUCCUAUGCUAACCCCCACAGUCCCUGCGGAGUCGAGCGCCCCCUGGUGGCCUCCUCGGAGACGUUCUGCCACUCGUCUUCUUCGUGGAAUUUCCCGCCGCAGUCUCCACCCCCCUCGCUCUUCUUCUCCUCCCCACAGCAGUAUUUCUCUACAGUUUCGGACGUUUGGGAGGUUGAUGGUGCGACUCCUGACGUCUCCAGUCCUGCCGUGGUGCCGUUGAGCCUGUCGUACUCUGAGCUGAGCUGCAGCGAAUUCCCGCUCACGCAGCAGGUCUACGCCGAGGCGUCCCCACACUCUGCUUUUUGUUAUUGA